AUGGCAGAGAAUGGCACUGUGGUGACAGAUUUCAUUCUAAUAGGGUUCCAGUUGCAGGCAGAGCUGCAGAUGGAUCUCUUCUUUGUGUUUCUGGUCCUUUAUCUCAUCACCAUGGUGGGCAACCUGGGCAUGAUAGUGCUGAUUCAGAGUGACCUUCGCCUCCAGACUCCCAUGUACUUCUUCCUCAGCCACCUUUCCCUCCUGGACAUUUGUUACUCAUCUGUUAUUGUCCCUCAGUUGCUUGAGACUUUGGGUACUGAUAAGAUGGUCAUCACCUAUGAGCACUGUGCCACCCAGUUCUUCUUUUUCACACUCUGUGCUAGUACUGAAUGUUUCCUUUUGGCCGUGAUGGCCUAUGAUCGCUAUGUGGCCGUGUGUAACCCUCUCCUCUAUGCCACUGCCAUGACACCACAGACCCGUCUGGGCCUAGUGGCUGGGGCAUAUGCUGGUGCCAUGGUCAAUUCUGUGAUCCGCACUGGGUGUACCUUCUCAAUCUCCUUCUGUAAGUCCAACCACGUGGACUUCUUCUUUUGUGACCUCCCACCCCUGCUGAAGCUUGCCUGUAGUGAGACUAGGCCACGAGAACGAGUGAUCUACUUCUUGGCUUUCUUGGUCAUUACAACCAGCAUUUCAGUGAUUCUUAUAUCCUACCUAUUCAUCAUCCGGGCCAUUCUGAGGAUUCGUACGGCAGGUGGCAAAGCCAAGACUUUCUCCACUUGUGCUUCUCACAUGACUGCAGUGGCUCUUUUCUUUGGGACGCUCAUAUUCACAUACUUGAAAGGUACUAUGGGCAAAUCCCUUGUGGAGGACAAGACUGUGUCAGUAUUUUACACGGUAGUGAUCCCUAUGAUGAAUCCAAUGAUUUACAGCCUGAGAAACAAGGAAGUGAAGGAGGCUCUGAAGAAAGCUCUCAACAGGAUGAGGGUUUGCCAAGUAGAGUAA